AUCUCAAAUUUGUGACUUUGAGAUUACACACCAAUGACCAAACCCCAGCAUAACAAAGUCAAGGUUUACUAAAUAUCACACAAGGGCUGAAAUACACUAUAACAAGGGUUGAAAGCAUUUAGUAACUACUUGUAAACAAAGCGGUAAAAUCAGUCCUAAUUUAACCAAGCACACUUUCAUGCCUUCUUCUUCAUCUUCUUGUUCAAUGAAGCAUCAAGUUUUCUUGAGCUUCAGAGGUGAGACCCGCUUUAACUUUACCGCUCAUCUGCUCAAAGCUUUGAAAGACAAGGCACUGAAUGUCUUCUUCGAUGAACAUACACUGGAAAUAGGGAAGAAACUUUUACCAGCACUUUCGCAAGGAAUUGCAGCCUCAAAUCUCUCAAUCAUCGUUUUAUCUAAAGACUAUGCUUCUUCGAAAUCAUGCUUAGCUGAAGUUUCUGACAUCAUGGACCGUAAUCGCUCUGAAGGACAUAUUGUUCUUCCCAUCUUUUACCAUGUCGAUCCUUCCAAUGUGCGGAAUCUUGGUGGGAGUUUCAAAACAUCCUUUGAAGACCAUGAAUCAAAGAGGCCCACAGAUGAAGUGAAACGAUGGAAAGAUGCCUUCGCUAAAGUCGGGAAAUUAAAAGGAAUUCAUAUACAAGACAACAAAUCUGAAACCGAGUAUAUCCAGGAUAUAGUUGAUGAUGUUACAAGAAAAUUGAUGAAUACUGCGCCUAGAAUCACUUCUGAAAAAUUGGUGGGAAUAGAUGAUCAAAAAAAGAUGCUUUUGGGGUUGAUUGAGCAAGCGGACAUCCGUGUAAUAGGAUUUUGGGGAAUGGGUGGUAUUGGCAAAACUACCCUUGCUAAUGCUGUAUAUGAGGAAGUCUCUCCAAAGUUUGAAUGUCGUUUGUUCCUUAAAGAUGUUAGUGAGAAAAUAAAGAAACAGGGGGAUGAGUCUUUACGAAAUGAACUUCUUUCCAAACUAUUAGACGAAAAAGAAAUUUGUAUUGACACCCCUUUUAUAAGCUACCCUUACCAAGACAGGCUGAAUAAUAAAAAAGUACUUCUUGUCCUUGAUGAUGUUAGGAACCCAGACCAAAUAGAUUUUAUGGGUGUUAAAUAUUUUGGUACUGGAAGUAAAAUUCUUGUAACAUCUAGAGAUAGACAAGUACUUAGAAAUGGAAGAGCUAACCACAUACAUGAGGUGAAGAAGUUGAAUAAGAACGAUUCUCUUCAACUUUUUUCUACAUUUGCAUUUAAGUUGUUGAAUCCUGUUGUUGAUUUUCAAGAUCUAUCAUGCAAGUUUGUAGAAUAUGCCCAAGGUAGUCCACUUGCUCUUAAAGUUUUGGGUUCUAAUCUAUAUACGAAGUCUAAAAAAGAGUGGGAGAGCGAAGUGGAUAAACUAAAGCAAUAUGUCGAACCAAAAAUUUCACAGAUUUUGAAGAGUAGCUUAGAUGGGUUGGGUGAGCUAGAGAAGAAUAUAUUUCUUGACGUAGCAUGCUUUUUUAAAGGGGAAAAAAUGGAUAUUGUAGAAAAAAUUUUAAGUAAUUAUUACAUGGGUGCAGUUUGUGGAAUAAGAAACUUAGCGGAUAAGUGCCUACUUGAUAGCGUAGAUGGUUAUCAUAUUUCUAUGCAUGAUAUGCUUGAGGAGAUUGGUAAGGACAUUGUUCGUCAAAAAUGUAAAGAAAACCCAGGAAAGUGCAGCAGGUUAUGGUUUCCUGAAGAUGUGGAUCAAGUGCUCAGAUAUAAUCAAGGGACUGUAUCAAUUGAAGGAAUAAAGUUAGACAUGUCUCUAAUUGACGAGCUGCAGCUAUGUCCAUCUGUUUUUGAGAACAUGUUUAAUCUUAGAUAUAUUUACUUCUAUAAACCUGAGAUUGGGAAAGAGGAUUGGAAUCCGAAGUUACAUGCAAACCAAGUUGAUAGUGUAUCUCUUCCUAAUAAGUUAAGGUAUCUUUGUUGGGAUUAUUUCCCCUUCAAAUCUUUAUCAAGUUUUAAUUCAAAGAAUCUUGUCGUGUUGAAAUUACGAUAUGGCAAUAUGGAAAAACUUUGGAAUGAAGAUGAUCAUAUGGUAUGUGCUUUUAUAUUUUCUUCAUCUAAAUUUUUUAUGGAAAAACAAUUUAUAAUUUGAUGUAUCAAAUAAUUAU